AUGACGAAGCUAAUACUCUCAACCGGGAACAUUGUUUCGGGCGGCCCUUCUAUCAUCCGCAAGCCCGGCGCAUACCGAUCCAACCUCGAAUUCACCAACUCGCUGCGAAGCAACUUCUUGGCUGCGCAACAGGAUUACGCCCCUGAUUCGGAAUUGCAGAGCAAUGGAAAUGGCAACAGCAGCGCAAACGGCUUCCACCAGGAAACCGAGGGCGCGGGCCGCACACCCCUGUCUCUGUGGACGGCGCAGGAGGAUGGUGUCUUGUUCGUGCCCCGCAUCGACUGGUCCCUAGCCGGGCUGCACGAGGAGCCCUCCCGAUACCAAAUCACAGUCAAGCUGUUCUUCCUGCCAACCGCGUCCAUAUCAGACAGGGGCAAGUAUGCCAGCGAGGCGCUGGAUCUUGUCCUCCAAGAGCUGCGCGCCCCCAGCAUCGAUCUCCUUGUCGUAUCCUUUCCCGGCAUGUCCUUUGACGGGGACUGCGAGUGGGAGGCCGAUAAGCUCAAUUCGUCGCAGGGUAACGACGACGAGGAGGCGGCCACCUGGCCCGCAAUCGAGGAGCUGCAGCGCCGCGGUCUGGCCAAAGACAUUGGCAUCGCCGAGUUUGGAAGCGAGAAGCUCGCCAGGUUUCUCAAGCGGGUACAAGUCCGACCCACGGUCGACCAGAUCAACAUCAAGAACUGCUGCAAUGUGCCGCCUCCGCUGGUCAAGCUGGCGCGAGAGCAGAACAUAGAGCUGCUGGUCCAUAGCGACUGCACCGACAUUCUCUCCAAGGGCACGCUGAGGGAGCUGCUCGGCCAAGGUCUCCAGGGGGCCGGAGUCCUCGCCGACCCUGAGACGAGUGUUGAAGGCUUACAGGGCGAUCUUGCGCCGCAAUGGGUCGUGAAAUACACGGCCGUAGUAAGAGAUCGGGGCGUCAUUGAGAACAAGGGGUAUUUUGCGAGCGCCGACCUGGUUGAAUGUUAG